UUAAGCGUUUUGGCAAUGAGUUCAUUGCUUUUUGGAAUGUAAAUAAACUUUUGGCAGCGCAGUGCUUGUGAAUUCGUGAAAUUGUAUUAUUCGAUAAAAAUAGUAAAUCAGACUCAAAAUGGUUUCAUGUAUGUGUUUUUUAUUUAUUUAAAAAGAAAUAUGUGGUGAUCAGCUCUGCAAAUUUGUUAUAAAAGUGCAAUGUCGUCGAUGAAUGAUUUAAUAUCACGUGUGUUGUUACCGAGUACCGUAGAAGAUUUGAAACGACGUUUAGAUGCAGGCCGAGAAUCGGGUUGGUACGAAUCUAAUACAAGUGCAAAUUCUAAUUGUUUCCAACCGAAGAAAAAAAGAUUAUCAUCAGAAAAAUCGGAUGACCACAAGAAAUCACAUUCUUCGUCAAAAGAUGGCCAAAACGCGUUUUGCAAGGAAAUUAACAAUAAAUUCUCUCAUAUCACCGAAAAUUCUACCUAUGUUAACACUUCCAAUGGCGAAAAUCUUUCGUGGGAUAACUUAAAUAAAGUUAUCAAAGACAAAGUUCAAUGUCCUGAUUGUGGUAAAGUAUUUUUUAAUGAAGUAAAGCUUCCUGAAAAUUUUUUGAAAAUAUACUCUAACUCUAUUGCCAAUAAUGAUAAUAACGUUGCCAACACACAGCCCACAAUUCUCAAGAAUGUACCUAGUUUACCCAGUGCAACCGAACCUCAACGUUAUGAAUGUUAUAUUUGUGAUAGAGUUUUUUCACAAAAAGAAAAUUAUGCCAAGCACUUGAAAAAACAUUUGAAUAGUGCUGCAUCAUCUUCAAAAAAUAAAUGUGAAAUAUGCAGUAAAUCAUUUUCAAAUCAAACAGCUCUGUUUAACCACUUCUUGGAACAUAAGUCGAACACUUGUGGCAAAUGUGGUAAAAGUUUCCCAGAUAAGUGGAAAUAUGAGCGACAUUAUAAAACUCAUUUACAUAAGUGUCAGCUAUGUGAGAAGCUGUUUGUAAAAAAAUGUUAUUUAAAAAAACAUUUGGCUACGAGUCAUGGAGUUUAUGACUUGGAACCAAAUGAAAAACAAAAUCAGCCAAAGAUAAUAAAUAGCAACAACUGUAAAAUGAUAGUCAGUGUAAAGCCAGAAGUCAAUGAAGAGUCAAACGCAUUUGUUCUUAUUAAAUCAGAAGUGCCAGCCAUUGAAAACAUUUCAAACGAAAUGGCGAUUGUUCCAUAUGUUGCAAAACCAGCGGUUGCUGAUUAUAAGAAUCUUUGUAAUAUUUGCGGCAAGUCUUUUAAGGAUAAGUGGAAGCUGAAACAACAUUUAGUGAUUCAUUCUGGGGAAAGAGCUUGGGCGUGUAAUUUUUGUACCCAAAGAUUCUAUUUUAAGUAUGGUUUAUCACGUCAUGUGAAGAAUGUGCAUUUAGCGAAAGAGCAACAAGUUUUUGACGUUUGUGAAGCAGUCAAAAAAGACAAUGUAAAGCAGGAAUAAUGAUGACUCAUAAGCACUACUACGAAUCAACUUCAUAAUAAUGCUUUUAAUGUGUGAAAGAAAUGUCUUUGAUAAAAACUGUUUUUAAUAGUGAUGUUAAAUAGCAUUUUAAAACAUUCCAUCAGCUUUUUAAAGUUAUAUUUGGCAUACUCUUCAGUCUGAACUUUCUCUAAAUGUGGCCAAGCAAUGUUGAUGACUUGGUAACAGAUUUUAAAAUUAUUCAUCUUUAAUAUUGAUCAGUUUUUGCUAUCUAAUAUUUAUUAUCUAAAUUUAUAAUUUUAUAUUUUUGCUUAGUUUGUUGUUUAAUUCAAACUUUAUGUUACAAACAUUGAAUUAUUAUAAAAUAAUUUAAAAUAUUUUAAUGUGAUUAUUAACCUGUUCAAUUAUUAGUAAUAAAUCUAUUUUUUUUUGUUUUUGUUUUGAAAGUUAGCAAAGAGCUUUCUUAAUUCUUUUUUGAAAUUAUUCUUUAAAUGUUUUUGUUAUUUUUGGCCAUUCUCUUUUAUGCAUUCUCAUUCCUGAUUUUUGUACUAUUUGUUAUUUUUAUGUAAUAAAUUCAUAAUUCCUUAGUUCUGGAACUAUAGGAUACACAGUAUUGUUUAUAAAGGCUUAAUAAAUCUGUUUAAAUGUGCAUUGGGAAGUGAGAAGAUAUUGGAAUAAUUUUUUUAACAGUUUCAUAUAAAUGCUUUUGGGUGAAAAAUGCAUUAAGAUGGUUGUUUUUUUUUUUUUUUUUUUUUUUUUAAAUUUUUUUAAAGCUUGUCUUUAGUUAUAUAUAUAUAUUUUAUGUAUUUAUUAUACAGUAGAGUUUGAAUAUCCCAGUUAAUGUGGAAAAAACUCUGUUAUAGUGAAGAGUAUAAAAAAGGAAAGAGUAGGUAUAAAUUUAAUAUGUGUAACAAAUACAAAAUUUAUACGAGUAUACCACAUACAAUUCAAAUUAUAAUUGAAAAGCUUACUUAAAAAGAGUUAACUUAAUAUAGCCCUUAAUUGUUUUUUGUUUUACAUUAUUACGGAUAACAGGAAAGCUGGUGUUUCCUCUUCUUCUUGUUCUACAUAUUUUCAAUAGCACCUUCGAAGGCUUUUAGUCCAUCUGUAUGAGAGAUUUUUAUAUGUUUAUUUUCAUUUUCACUGUCUUCAUCUUCACUCAGUCCAUGUUCAUUAUUGACGAUAUUAACUAUCAUUUCAUCGGUAAUCUGGUGUUGUCCAUCAGCUUGUUUUUCUGGGUGUUUGGAAGAUAAAAUUCAGAAUUUUUUUCGGUUGCAGUUUAACUCGGAUAAUACGGACUCUACUGUAUUUCUUUAAUUUGAAAGAAAGCAGAAUAUCAGCAGAUACAAUUAUUUUCUGUUUACAUCUUCGAAAUGUGGAAAAUAUUGUUUUGUCAUGCCUUUUGAGUAUUGUCACUAUUUGCUGGUCAUUUUUUGUUAUGUUCAUUAUUUAGAAUUAUGUUAUGCCAAAGAUAGAGAUGCUUUGCCUUAAUGACAUUUUAAUUUGUAGAUUUAAAAUUUUAUUUUUAUUUUAGUUUAAAUACUAUAAUUUUUAUGUAUUUAAUGUAAACUUUAAUGUAUUUUUUCUUUUUCUUUUAUAGAUGAUCUUGUUUAAAAAAAAUGAACAUCAGAAGAUUUCCAGAUUUAUCUGUUUGUGUUUUAGUAUAAUAGAUAGCAUUAAUGUCAUCAAUAAACUUAUUUGAAUGUUUAUUUUUUAUCUUUAAUCACCUUUGUAUAUUCUGUACAAUAAAGUUUCAUUUAUUAAGUAUUUUUUUUCUAAAAUUUGUGUUUUUUCCCUUCUUUUUGAACAAACAUACAAUGGCAUUCAAUGUUAAAAAAUUGCUUUCAUGAAAUAAUAAAUCUAACAUUUAAAUGAUAAAUAGAAUUUCAGAUGCCUUAAGUCCUUUUUGUCCUCCUUGCAUUUUAGGCGAAGUUUUGAUAUUAUCUCAUUUUUACAUAAUCGUUAUUCAUGUUGUUUUGGAAUUGUUGUAACAUUUAAUAAUGAUUUUUAUUAAUGAUUUAUCUUUUCUUUUUAUCAUUUCUUAGAAUACAGAGCCAAGUGUGGUAAAAGCUUCCCGACUAAAUGGAAAUACGAACGACACUGUAACACUAGUUUACACAAAUUUCGGCUUUGUGGUAAGCGAUUUGCAAAUAAAUGCACUUUAGAAAAGCAUUCGACUAUAGAAUACAGAGCCAAGUGUGGUAAAAGCUUCCCAAAUAAAUGGAAAUACAAGCAACACUGUAACACUCGUUUACACAAAUCUCGGCUUUGUGGUAAACGAUUUGCAAAUAAAUGUACCUUAGAAAAGCAUUCGACUAUAGGCAUGUGGCACGAAGAGCCAAAAGCAAAAACCAAUCUAUUAAAUAACAGCAGCUACGAAAUGGUUGAAAGUGUAAAGCCGGAAAUAGUUGGAGGAUCUAUAGUUGUUGGAAGUGUGCCAAACGAAAAACAUAAACAGCAUGAAAUUCCAAAUAGUAAUAGCUGCAUUAAGAUUGUAAGUGUAAAGUCGCUUGCCUGUGAAAAUGUUGAUAGUAAUCCAAAUGAUAAGGCAAUAGUUCCAAACCAACAGUCAACUGAUUAUAAGAAUCUUUGUAAUGUUUGUGGUAAGUCUUUUAAAAAUAAGUGGAGGCUGAGAACACAUUCAUUGGUUCAUUCUGGGGAAAGAGCCUGGGCUUGUAAUUUCUGUACUGGAAGAUUUCAGUUUGAGCAUGUUUUAUUGAGACACGUUAAAAAUAUGCAUUUAAAAAAAAAAGUUUUUAAUGUUACUGACUCAAUAAAUACUGAUGUAAAUGUAUAAGUUAAUCUUAUCCAUUAAAUUUAAAAAAUAAA